UCCACGAUAGUAGUAGACACUUGGAAACAGUUCUCCGUGGAAAAGUGGUUAACAACCCCACCUGAUCUGCCGGGCGCGGCCUUUCCCCUUCAUCUAUAAAGCCACUUGGAAACCAUUUCCACUGAACAUUCACUCAGCGCUUCGUCACUCAUUUGUUCACCAUGCGGCUGCUUAUCCUCGCAGGUCUUUUAGCGAUUUCCGUUGGGCAAGAGACGAAUCCUAGCGUAGCUGAGAAAACACCUUCUCAAAAUGCAGACGACAUUGUCAUGUUGGAAAUCGACGUUAAGGAGCCUGUGAAGAGAUCUCCGCUCACAGCCAGUAACGACUAUGGGGCAUCACCUAAUCAAUACGUUCUCCAAUCUGCUGAUGGAACUCAAGAGAUACCACAAGAAUAUCUGUCAGUGAUACAACAAUACGCACCAGAACAAGCUCAAGCGGUGCCACCGCAACGCAAUCCGCAGCCAGCAUACGCGAAACAACAACAAGCGUUGCAACAAGCUUAUUACAACUACCGGAAGCCAACGGUCGUCCCGCCCAGACCUCGUCCUCAACUUCAUCCUCAGGCUCUGGCGCAAGCCGAAGUGAACGCAGAGAUUCAAGCUCAGGUCGAAGCGCAAAAUCGUGCGGAUGCUAUUCGCACUGCUCGUUUAGGUUCGAAUCCUCCGGCUUAUCAACCCGCAUCCCAACCGAAACUGGGUACUUUCGAGCAAGAAUUAUUACAAUUGGUCUCUGCAAAUCAAGCGGAAGAAUUCAAGUUGAUCCCGACCCAGCCUAAAGGUAGCACUUCCUCUUUCACUCAACAGUUGGUCAGUUAUCCAGUUCAGUAUGCGAAGCCAGCAGCGGCGCCUCAGCUGUCCGAACAGUAUCAUAUCGAGACAUCUCCUCCUCGUUAUCAACAACCCCAGCAGGCAGUGGCAUCGUAUCAAUCCGUCGAAGAACCUGUACAAUAUCAACCGGUUCAACAAGCGAAAGCUUACAACCCGGCUCCGCAGUACGAUUACAUCGAAGACGAGGCACAUUUAAGAGGCCUCGAACAGGCUCAGGCUCAAGCUCAAGCCCAGGCUCAAGCCGACGCGGUUGCGUUUCAAAAGAUUGCCCAGGCAGCUUACAAAAAGCACAGGCAAGAUGCCUUGGAACACAUGAGGAUCACUAACGAACGUUUCAGGCAACAGUCUGCAUUGGAACAGAUUCAACAGGGUGCCCAAGUGAGCAACGCUGGACGUUACCAUUUACAGGAUCAGCUCAGCCCGAAGGGUGCAGAGACUGCCUACAGGGCGAAGCUGAAGGCGCAAGCAGCCACGGAGACAGCCGAAGCGAGAAAACAGCAACAAGCUGCUGAGUUCAAGGCUCACGCUGAUGCUAUCAAGAAACUGGAGGCUCAGCAACAAGUUCAUCUGAAGAUACAGGAACAGGUUCAUAAUUACGCGCUGAACUUUGAGAAGAAUUUAAUGCGCGCACAAGAGAUUGCGCAGGCGCAAGCCGAGGCCCUCUACAAGUCGCAACAGCAAGCUCGUGGCCAGGUUAACAACGAGAUUCUGGCGAUCUCGAAAGGGCAAGUUCAAGGAAAGAAAGUCGACGCGGAAUCACCUUUGUAUCAUUACACUCUAUCGACGACCACUCCGCUUCCUUUGCUCAACAGUUAUUUCACCAACGAACAGUUGCAGAAGUACCAGGCAUCGGGUUCCUCGCAUGUCCCUAGGUCCGUGCCGAAGCCGGACGACACCCAAGCGGAAUCUGUCAUCACCCAACCCCGUCAAACGCACAAAUUAAAGAUUCCUCCCUCGCCUUCGUCUGUUUAUGUUUCCGAAUCGGGUUUGCUGAAGAAGUCGCCCAUCAAAUCUAUAACUAUAGAAGAGGUGAUCGAGUCGGAGCGACCGAGCGGUCACGCUAUACUACAAACGGCCGCAGCCAAGGGACGUACCUUAACCGAGGAUGAUAUUUCGGCACUGAUCAAUCAGGGAUACACCGUCACUCCGGUACCACCUCCUGCGAAACCUGUUCAACAGAUAUAUGCUAUCGAGAACACGUCCUCGGGUUAUUACACCAAGAAGGCUCCUGUUUCCAGACCCGAGUACAUAACUUACGAGGAGGUAAUACAACGUCCGCAUAAACUUGUCAGAAAAAACAAGUCCAUCGUGAAACAGGACGAGAAGGAGAGUAAUGCCAGUGAAAAAGUUACCUACUUGCUACCUAUCGAACCUUCUUUCGGUACACGACAACCUGCCCUUAAGCAUCAAGAGUAAUUCGAUUUAGACGGUUUGAUUGUCGCCAUUGCAUUGGGUACUAAUAACUCUUCUAUAACACGAAAAUUCGUACUCUGUUAAACGAGAGAAAAAUAUUAUUUCAUUUCCUUUGGCGAACAGUUCUACAGAUUUUUAAUAACUUUAUAGUGUUAUAGGAGGGUUACAUGUACAGAGUAAUGCAGUAUGUAAUAAUGUAAUCGAAAUACGAUACUCUGCAGUUUAUCUUUCAUAUCUGAUUCCAUAUUCUAUGCUGGCAUUCAAAGGUGUCGAUGAAUUAAUUAAUGAAAU